UCUGCCUUCUAUUACUCUCCGGUAGCCAUCUGGCCCGACCCUGUCACACUAUGUUCACCGUAAUAUUUAUUUUUCCUUACUCAGCCAGCCAGUGCAGUAGCUUGACUUAUAGUUGUAUUAUUAUCUGCAAAUUUUAUUUCUUUACUGCUUGUCAUUAAAGUCUUAGGUAUUUUACAGAAAAAAAAAAAAAAAAAAAAAAAAAAAACCUUCCCUGUUACCUUACCCAGGGAAAAGGGACCUACUUAACCUGGGGCUAAUAUAUCUGCCUUCUAUCACUCUCCAGCGGGUGCACGUAAUUUUUGCAAGUAAUUUUUGUUUUUAUCACUGCCUUGUGCCAGGCCGCGUUACGAUGAGCUUGCCCCUGAACCCCAAGCCCUUCCUGAAUGGGCUGACAGGGAAGCCGGUGAUGGUGAAGCUGAAGUGGGGGAUGGAGUACAAGAGCUACCUGGUGUCUGUCGAUGGCUACAUGAACAUGCAGCUUGCAAACACAGAAGAAUACAUAGAUGGUGCAUUGUCAGGACACCUUGGUGAAGUUUUGUUAAGAUGUAACAAUGUCCUGUACCUCAGAGGAGUAGAAGAAGAAGAUGGAAAAAUGAGAGAAUAAGUUUGUAUAUUUCUGGAAAAUAAAGAUUAGUUUUUCACCAAAAAAAAAAAAAUCACUCUCCUGUAGCCAUCUGGCCUGACCCUGUCUCACUA